AGGACAAGACGCAGGUCCUGACCCAUAUGGAGAGAGCUCAGAAAGCGAAAGUAAGUUCACUGCGAUAAAAAGAAUACUGGGUGUGCACGCUUUGUGUACAGUAUGUUGCCCAGUAUCCGGACGGUACCAGUAUCCGGACACCUGAAACAAAAACUCAAUUUUUGAGGCACCCUUUUCAGUUCUCGGUAAACGAAGUAUUUCGAAUGAAAGCUGAACAUUUCAGCUUUAAGAUGAAAGUUUUAGCGAUUUGAAAGCUUGCGAAACAGUCGCAGAAGACGCCGUUCUGUUCAGGUGAGUAAACCUUUCAUGGCUAAUAUUUACGCUGUUUACGGCGCAGUAAAAUUAGUGCUGCUCAGAAAAGGGAGGGUAAUGUGUGAUAUUUUCAAACAAACUGUUUUAUUUUUCAAGUGAAGAUACUUAAGGAAGUCAGGUUUUCAGAAAGUUUAUUAAUUCUUCUUGAAAUUCGAUUUGUUUGGAAUAACGGAGGCCAGAACCAUUCACUAAGUAUUGAUGUCAGGUGCCCAGUAUCCGGACAGUUUUUCAUUUGCUGCACAGAAUCGAUGAAUUAGCUGUGUACAUUAUCCGGUUAAGAUUUAUUUCAUAUCAGUAACUAUAAUUAAAGCUUAGGAUAUAUGAUAUAGUCGUAAAAUGUAAUUCUACUCAACUCCGUAUGGAAAUUUUCUUCACUCAUUCAGAGGCGACUUGAUUUCGUGUGCACCGCUUGUUUCGCGUGACUGCAUUUUCUAUAUAUAAUCGAGAGCGUCUGAGUUGAACCUGGAAUUCUCAUACUUUCCCCAGUUGUGACUGCUAGAAUGGGGUUGCAACGGUCUGAAAAAUGUCACAAAGGGAUUGAGAGAUGUGAAAGAAGGAGGAAUUAGUGCUAGAAAAGCAGUCUUAUUGUUGGGAUUGAUCAUGAAGAAAUCAACACUGCAGGUCAGACUAAAAGGGAGAGUGACCUUUGACCGUCGGAUUGAGGUCCCUUCCCCAAGCUUUUUUUUUUCAAUAAAAAAUGAAGAAAAAAAGUCGUUUGCAGAUUGGCUAAUUGAGCUUGCAAACCGCGGCUUCGGCAUGUCCACGGAUGCCUUCCUUAAACCAGUGAAAAAGUUCCUAGACAAGGAAGUGAGAAUUAUACCAUUUUUUUUAAACAAGCGCUCGCGUUCCCCACCAUACUCCAGUCAUUUGUUAUGUUUUAUUUCACGAUGCUGGGUUAUUUUUUUGGAAUCGAUUGCCAGUCUACUUUGCAAGUGCAAGAGAAGCUUAUAAGUCGCUUGCCUGUCGAAAUUUAUGUACAAUUACUUUGUUACUGUUGUGUCCUGAUACUGGGCCAACUGUCCGGAUACUGGGCAACGUAGGGGCUCUGCAAAAAUAUUAAUUUCGCGAUGGAAACAAAGGCAAAAAAGUUAAACUGUCUUUCGUCAUAUUAAGGACUAAAUAGAUUUUCUCUGGGCAAAUUUAAGAGCUCUUGCGAUUAACAAAGGGAAGUUAUUGCAAUCUUAAACUGAAGUGUCCGGAUACUGGGCAACAUACUGUAUUUAAACAAAGUACAAUAUGUGCAAUUGUGAAAAGCAUCAUUUGGUGGGAGUAUUAAUCAAUUUUUUUUCCUCUCUAAUAAAAGGAUAUUAAUUUUUUGAAACAGGUAUCGAGAGGCCCUCUACACAAGACUGCUGCCAGUGGACAAUACGAGGUGGUUAAAAGGCUUGUUGAAAGUGGUGAAGAUGUGAACCAAAGAGAUCAGGUUUAAGUCUUCCCCAGUCUAUGUAAAUCUAAUGCUUACGGAUUCUUACAUUCUUUUCUUGCUUUAGUAGAUUAUGGGCAGAAGCGUUGCGUUCAUGAACCAACACACCAUUCUAAUCGCCCGUAGUGAUAAGGGUGAUUGACAGAUAGCAUAUUAUUGUUGCUGAAAAUAUCUAUAAGUCGUAUCUUUUCAUCAGUGGAAUGCCUAAGCUAUGUUCACGAAGCUACGUAGCUUUUCGUGGUGCCAUGGAAACCUGUCUGGUAUAGUGUGAACAGCAACGGCCCGAGGCUGCGCAAGUCCUUUACACAGUCGAACAUCAUGCUUGCGUGGUUGGCCCAGAGGGUUUUGUGCGGUGUUCUUAUCAGACCACGGCAUUGCGGCAUUGCGGCACUUUUUCGGGAAAAGCCGCACUACAAUUAGCACAAGGGGUCCUAAGGGCACAAAGAAGGAAAAAAACUUUUAAAAUAUACAUUUCCUUAUCAUAUAGGCCAAAAUUUAAUUGGUUAUGGCGCCAUUACAUUAACUCAGAGCUGUCAAACGUUGAGUUAACCGUAUAUAAAAUUAGAUAUUUAUUAUCUAAGAAAGUACGAGGCAUUUACUCUAACUCAGAACUGUACGUUUUAAAACGUUAACUGCAUCUGAAAAUUGUGAACCCCUUUUCUCACUCAUGACCCACUUUUAGGUUCUCUGUGGGUCCUGUGGACCCCAGUGUGGAAAAUCCUGGUAAGAGCAAUGUUGUUGCACUAAAUUCCUUUUCUUACUCCUGAAAAUUUACUUCCGUCUCAGUGGGUUCCAGUCCUCGCUCAUACUUAUUAUUUCCGCGCCGGUCCCAAUAGCUCACUUCGGAAAAGAGUGAUAGCCUGGGACUCAUACUAAGCGCGCGUAUUUAUGGGAUUGUUUGGGGGGACAAGUCGACCAGCCACCUUGAAUUAUGACGAGACAUGCAAGUUGAGGUAGGCCUUUGUGCACAAAUGACUUCAGGAACUUCCCAGUUCUGGCAUUUUAUAGAAUACCAAAGACAAGACGUAUCCAGCGAGAAUAAAAAAAAUUGAAGUUGAACUCCGAGAGCACACGGAUUUGCAUUCUUCAGGUUUUUCUCGAAGUAAAAUCGCCCCAGGCACAUCUCCCUUUAGUUUCACAUUUUCAUGUUUUUUUUCUUUUAAUUCCGCCUUCCGUUUUGCUAUUUUGAGCUGUUUGAACUCCGCUGAAACAUUCCACUUCGCUUGCCGCCAUGUUUUUUUACAUUCAGGUCCUCCCAAAUAAUCCCAUAAAUGCGCUCGCGCCUAGUUUGGGUCCCAGGCUAUCACUCGUUUCCGAAGUGAGCUACAGGUGUUCUCAUUGCACCAAAGUAUGACACAAAACCUAUCCGGUAUGUGACGCUCCACCUUCGAGCCAUAACCGUUCUUAUGCGGGAACGGAAGCCUUAUCCGGUAUGGUUUUCUUGGCGGCGUAAAAGCUAUGCGAUAUAGUAUGAACAAAGCCAUAGACAGAUAACAGGACAGGAGAAAUCACAAAAUUCCGUUUUCGCAUCAUUUUCCAGAAUUUUGAACGGCUUUAUCAUUAAAAAUCCAGUACUUGCUGAUAGUUUCAGCAUAGACUCGGAUUAGCUUUCAAUAUUUGUGUAUCUUGAAAAGGCACAAAAAAGUUUCUCUGGUAGGGCAGUUCUUCUUGCACUCAAAUAUACCAUAGUAGACCCUAGUAAACCGUUUGCCACUGCAGUCCAGUUUUAAAGUCCAGUUAUUUUAUUUGUCUGUUUUGUGUUUGUUUGUUUUUACCACAGGAGCCUGAAAAAUGUUCAUUGGUAUCUGCUUUUUCUUAAUAAAGAAUCAGUGGUUUGAAUGCACCAAUUUUCAAUAGAAAGAGUCGUAUGGGGUCCGAAUUAUCCUUUUUUUGCGGUUCAAUCUUAUCAACGUCUGGUGAAAUACAUUAAAUCGAUGUCCUAAACUCAUAAAAAAAGCGGCGAAUUCUCAUUAUCUUCUCCUUUUUUGCGUUUGUAAUACAAUAGAAACAAUAGGCUGGUGGUGGAUGAGGAGGGAGAACAAUAGAAUUGUGGUGGUCGUGGUGGUGGUGGAUAAUCACGUGUGUGCACUGAGCUGUGCAGACGUGUUUUGUGUGCUCCGAUCUUAAUUCAAGAAUUCUUCUUUUAUCCUGAACCUACCUAUUCUGUAAGCCAUUCAUUAUGACGGGUAACGGCAAGUUAUGAAAGAAAAAUCAAGCUUUGCGUAAUGAAAUUGAAGAAUUAAAGAACAAACUACAGAAAGUUUUAUUUAUUUUUAGUGGCAAUCUGCAAGGCUUUCUAAUAGUUUGAGGUUUUUGUUUUUAUUAGCUAUUUGUGUUAUUCAUGUACUUGUCUUGCCCUGUUUUCGUCUGUCCACACGUACAGGCGAAAACAGCGUUUUCAAAAAGCUCCGUUUUCAUUGAUCGUUUUCAUCGGAUACGUGUGGACGGAAGCCGUAUCCGUAAAGUCAAAGUUGCGUUUUCAAAUGAAAACGGAUUCGUGUGGACAGCGCCUAAGUUGUCUGCAAUGGACAGUGGCAGUGGCAGAAAAUAGAAGUGCAUAAUCAAUUAACGUUAGAGCUCAGUGAUUUUAGGUCACAGGCGAGUUAGCGCUUAUUCCUCCGACAAUAUGAAUCAGCCGAUGAGCCACUUCCACAUUUCCCAUAAUUCACCUUAAUUGCCCCCCAAAUUGUUGUUGUUAUUAUUAUUAUUGCUAAGCAUUGUUUUCAAGUUCUCUUUUGGAGGGCUGUAAUACCCAGGAGAAAUGAAAAACAAAGGCUAUGCAAUUUUUUUUUUUUUUUUGGACAGGGGGGAAUAAGCUGAAUUAUGGGAAAAGUGGAAGUAGCGUAUGAAUACUUUUUUAGUUGUAAGUCGAUCAAUCAAAACCAAGACAUUCAUCGACCUGAAAAUUACUAGAAAAUCUGUUAAACCGGUGAAAUAAAACUAGAAGAUGACAAACGGUCUACAUCGGACUUAAUCAGUACAUGACAAGUUCGAUGUUUGAACUGGGCCUUAGAAAUAUACAAAGGGUAAGAUAAUGAGAAUCCACUGCAUAAAGACAAAUGGCUAUGACGUCAUCGGCGGGAAUGUAUUCCAUCGCAUGUUAAUAAGAUUCCAUCCAAAAAUAGGAUAAUUCGGUGAUGCGCCCUAUGCUACUGGAAAGUGGCCUGCGACGUGGAAUUUGGACUAAAGUUUAGUUUUAUUCUUUGAUUGCUCCUUGUAAACUGAAGAAGAUAAGGUAGAGAUGCUAUUGCUUUGGUCUAAACUAGACCUUUAAAAAUUAAUCCAAUAGCAGACUCUAAGUUUAUUUCAUAAAAGGCCAUCAUUAGUAUGGCAGUGGAUGGCUUUUUUUCGAUCUUAUUUAACCGCGUUAUUUUUUUUUUUUGUUUUCCGUAGUUUUCUUUGACUCCUCUUCAUCUUGCCUCUUGGUAUGGACACGAAUCUGUUGUCAGACUGUUGUUGAAAUACGGAGCGAACGUCAACACGAAAGACAAGGUGAGUAAUGGAGGUUGGGGCAAGGGAAGUUCCUGUUUUUUUUAUUCACACAUAAAUCUCUCUAGAAUGACCAAUUACGUUGACUUGGAAACCGUGUUGACGUAUUCAACUUUUUUACUUUAAAGUGCUGAAUAGUAUAAGGUACACCUGUUGGGCCGUUUUUAUACGGUGGAAUCUCAUUAACGAGCGGUGGAAUGCUAUACCAUCGAUUACAUCAUAGCCUUUGAAGUGGUUUAACCGGUUUGAUAGGUUUUCCAGUUAUUUUUAGUGAUGAUGUGGAACUUUAUUUUAAGUUUUUUUACAUCAUGUCCUUAUUUGGUCGCUUAAAACAAACUGUCCCGUUCGUGCGCUUUAUGCCGGUUUCACUGUAUUAAGCGGGCGAAUGGCAGAGCUUAUUUAAAUUAUUUUAAAAAUCCCGUAAGAAACCGUGGCAUGUAACACGAUUAACUCUGCUUGUGUUAUUUUUAGUUUCAACGAACACCUCUGCAAAAAGCUGAACGUCAAAACCACCACGCCAUAGCGCAGUUGCUGCUGAAGAAUGAUGCCAGUCCAAGUCUUCAUCAACCAGUAAGAUAUUAGAUUAUCUGUGCUUCUUGCCAAGCGUUGUCUUUCAGAUGAAAUUUGCUUACAUUUUUUGUAUUCUAUGCCGAUAAUGUUGAACAUUAUAGUACGACCUUUACAUUGUCGUAUGAGCUUUCAUCCAAGCCUACAUCGCGGAGACAUUAUGUUUGUCCUUCUCUACACGAACAUCAUUUUUAUUCCCUUGGUUCUGACGCCCACCCGGAGGUCACAGUGCAGUAAAUCCUAUAUUAAACGGACGACAAAUUAAGCGGAUGAGUGGAUCAGUUUGUCUCAAAGGUUUCUUACCAUAUUUACUGUGAAAUUACUCAAAACGAGCGAUUGAAAGGUCGAGUGUCUGUCCGCCUAAUAAAGGUAUCAUGGUAGAUUAUAUUUAUUGGUUAGCUGGCGUUGCGUCUUACACACAUGCGCUCCCUGAAUGGUUUUUGGACACACUGUGGACUGGGGUUUAAUGUCCUGCAAUCGCAUGAAAGGAAGAAAACUACAUUAUUGUUUGGGAAGUGCAUCUCAACUUUAACGAUCAAACUUACAGGAAAAUCUGUACUUCCACCUGUGUAUAAAGGUUACUACAGUUACAUUCCUUCCACCCAUCAACCCAUCCACCUCCAGUGGAUUUUUGUUGUUGUUGUUGUGUAGGAUUUUCCAAAGAUUAAAUAUUUAUUAGAUAGCUUCUGAUGAGCUUUUCAAUGUAAGCUGAAUAAUAUGGUGUCUGGUGUUGUUGGGACCCAGUGGUUUCGUUCAAAAUAGUUCCCCAUUAAUAGCCGCCAUAAAAACAGAAACAACAGAAAAUUAGCGGAUCGAAGACGUUUUUGUCCUCAACGACUUUGGUUUGGAAUUCAAGGCCUGUCCUAGUUACCUGCAGGAGACAACAAAAAAGUCGACAUUGGUUGGGAGGGUGGAGAAGGGAUCAACAAAGUUUUGCUUUCAAACCUUUUCCCCUGUCUGACAGCUUCAAAGUUGUCACACCAAUUUUGUUGUCCGCUUAAGCCAUUUUCAUACUUUUGGUCAUACAUCAUUAUCAUUACUGUCAAACUCAGAAAAGCACAAGCGUUAGAAAUGUUUGGGAAAUGUUCAUUGUCUUAUGUUAAAUCCCAUUGGGGAUAAGGAAAAGUUAGCGGGCAGAAAACCGCAAAAUAAAUACCGUUGCUGUCUGCUUGCAGCUUGCUUUUCCCACACGUCUUUGGCUCAGGUCUUCCCCCGACACAUAACAUUCCACAAAUCUUCUUAUUGUUAAUAGUUUUCUAAUGAUAAUAAUAGGAGAUUAAAAUUUGUGUAACGUGCAGGUUUCGUCAUAAAUAUUAUCACAGUUGCGAUUUGUGAAUUUGAACAUAGUCAGAAUUAUUAACAAAAUGGUGCGAAAAAUAUCACAUUUCUGUUUGUAAUUAGCCUCCCCUAAUGUUACCAAUGACGCCAUAUAUUUUAACCAAAGCGACCAACCACCAUCACAUGUUGUGUAAAAUGUGUCCAUUUGCAAUAAGAACUAUCCAGUGAAAUCCUGCUAAUCUCUUAUCUGCAAUAAGAAUAGUUAAGAAGUAGUGGCAAAUGAAUUUUCUUUUUAUUAUUUUCGCUCAAAACAUGGUCAUUUUCAUCAUAGGUCUGUCUAAAGAAACUCUCGAGAAAAGCUUUCUUGAAAGUGGAUGAACAAUCUGGAUUUAAUCUGCUCCAGGCGGCUGUCUUUGAAGGAAAAUACAACAUUGUUUUAAAAGCAAGUGGCCUUUUUGACAACUUUGUAGAAGAGAUGGCACUUACAAAAACGGGAAAAAACGCUAAAGAAUUUAUAGGAAAAACGGCUGUUGACUUCCUGUCUCUCAGAAAGAGAAAAACCCCAUUUCAUAAUGAUAUCAAAAACAUUUAUGAAAAGUUGGCUGAGGACAACAGCAGACUGACUGUGCUGCAGUGGGAUACAUGCAAUGAUGAUGUCGAACAGGCAGUUGAACGUGUAUUAAAUGACGGUGUAGAUAUCAAUGCCCCAGGAUCAGACAAUGAUUGCACAGCUUUGCUGCAAGCGAGUCGUUCGUCCUCAAGUCAGUUUAUUGAGACCCUUAUUGAUCUUGGGGCCGACGUUAAUUCCCAAAGGGGAGAAUGCAAAGAAACGCCACUAAUGUUAGCAGCUGACUGGAGCAACUACAUGGCAGCAAAGUUAAUUCUAAGGCAUGGGGCUGAUGUAAAUGUCCAUAUUAGUAAUGGGUUCACGCCACUACACGUUUCAGUCAAUAACGGUCACGAAAACCUCGUCAGAUUGUUACUUAAACACAACGCAAAGGUUAAUAUUCAAGAUACUUAUGGAAAAACACCCCUUCACCAAUCAUUCUUAAAAGGUAACGAAACCCUCUGUAGAUUGUUACUUGAACACAAAGCGGAUGUAAAUAUUCAAGACAAUCAUGGAGACACGCCCUUACGAUGGUGUGCCUUAACGGGUAACGAAACCCUCUGUAGAUUGAUACUUGAACACAAAGCAAAUGUAAAUAUUCAAGAUAAAGGUGGAUAUACACCCUUGCACUGGAGCGCCUUAAAGGGUAACGAAAACCUCUGUAGAUUGUUACUUGAACACAAAGCAGAUGUUAAUAUUGAAGAUAAAGAUGGAUAUACACCAUUUCACUGGUGUGCUAGAGAGGGUAACGAAAACCUCUGUAGAUUGUUACUCGAACACAACGCGGAUGUAAAUACUAAAGAGGAAGACGGAUACAUACCCUUGCACUGGUGUGCCAGAAAGGGUAACGAAAGCCUCUGUAGAUUGUUACUUGAACACAAAGCGGAUGUAAAUAUUCAAGAUAAAGAUGGAUAUACACCAUUUCACUGGUGUGCUAGAGAGGGUAACGAAAACCUCUGUAGAUUGUUACUCGAACACAACGCGGAUGUAAAUACUAAAGAGGAAGAUGGAUACACACCCUUGCACUGGUGUGCCAGAAAGGGUAAUAAAAGCCUCUGUAGAUUGUUACUCGAACACAAAGCGGUUGUAAAUAUUCAAGGUAAAGAUGGAUAUACACCCUUGCACUGGUGUGCCAGAGAUGGUAACGAAAGCCUCUGUAGAUUGUUACUCGAACACAAAGCAGAUGUAAAUGUUCAAGGUACAGAUGGAUAUACACCCUUGCUCUGGUGUGCCAGAGAUGGUAACGAAAGCCUCUGUAGAUUGUUACUCGAACACAAAGCGGAUGUAAAUAUUCAAGGUAAAUAUGGAUAUACACCCUUGCACUGGUGUGCCAGAGAUGGUAACGAAAGCCUCUGUAGAUUGUUACUCGAACACAAAGCAGAUGUAAAUGUUCAAGGUAAAGAUGGAUAUACACCCUUGCUCUGGUGUGCCAGAGAUGGUAACGAAAGCCUCUGUAGAUUGUUACUCGAACACAACGCGGAUGUAAAUACUAAAGAGGAAGAUGGAUACACACCCUUGCACUGGUGUGCCAGAAAGGGUAAUAAAAGCCUCUGUAGAUUGUUCCUCGAACACAACGCGGAUGUAAAUACUCAAGAUGAAAAUGGAUAUACACCCUUGCACUGGUGUGCCAGCAAGGGUAACGAAAACCUCUGGAGAUUGCUACUUGAACACCAAGCGGAUGUAAAUAUUGAAGAUGAAGAUGGAUGUACACCCUUGCACUGGUGUGUCAGAAAGGGUGACGAAAACCUCUGUAGAUUGUUACUUGUACAUAACGCAGAUGUAAAUACUCAAGAUGAAUAUGGAUAUACAUCGUUGCACUGGAGUGCAAAAAAGGGUGACGAAAACCUCUGUAAAUUGUUACUUGAACACAACGCGGAUUUAAAUAUUUAUGAUUAUUAUGGAAAAACACCCUUGGACUGGUGUGCCUCAAUGGGGAACGAGAACCUCUAUAGAUUGUUACUGGAACACAACGGGGAUGUAAAUAUUUAAGGUAAAGAUGUGCCUUUCAGCUUUGAACAGCAAUUGCAGUAAAAUAAUCGAUCUCCUGGUGAAAGUAUGCGUUGCAAAAUAUCAAUAUCUGUGAUGCACAACGCACGCCUCCUCUUUACCUGGCAGUUAAAUGUGGUAAUGCACCAGCUGUGAAAAAGCUUUUUUAUCUGGGAGCUGCUGUUAGUGUGGUAAAAGCAGAUAAAAACGAUGCCGUUAGACUGGAACGUUUAAAGAAUGAACCGGAGAGGAUGGAGGAAUAUAUUGAGUUUGUUUUUCCAGAAGCUGAUGUUAGUGUGGUAAAAGCCGUUAAAUACGAUGCCAUCAGACUGGAACGUUAAAAGAAUGAACCGGAGAGGAUGGAGGAAUAUAUUGAAUUUGUUUUUCCAGAAGCUGAUGUUAGUGUGGUAAAAGCCGUUAAAUACGAUGCCAUCAGACUGGAACGUUUAAAGAAUGAACCGGAGAGGAUGGAGGAAUAUAUUGAAUUUGUUUUUCCAGAAGCUGAUGUUAGUGUGGUAAAAGCCGUUAAAUACGAUGCCAUCAGACUGGAACGUUUAAAAAAUGAACCGGAGAGGAUGGAGGAAUAUCUAAACUUUAAAAAGAGCUCUACGCAAAAGCCUUUGCAGAACAUCUCAAAUCAAAGAAAAUACUGAGGAAAACCCCUUCGUAUACAACAAAGGAAAUUGCGCACGAACCAGAAACUGAAUAAGUAAAGACACUUAACAAUUAUUCCUCGAGCCCGAAAGGGCUCUGAUCGAGUCAAGCUAUAGAGUACCGAAGUGUGAC